CGUGUGCUCGAGCUCCUCUCCCUGUAUUUAAGUCGAUCCUCCUCACCCCUUCUCAAAGGCAACACAUCAUCCUCCGCCCUCGGCCCCCCUCCCCCUCCUUCAUCCUCUCUGGCGGAUUGGCUCGGACAUUGGAUCCAAUGGAGGUGAUGGUAAUGGAGAGCAGGCCGGAGAUCGGCCCCCAAAUGAGCCGAAGCUGCAGCGACGGCGGCUUCAGCGACUGCAACAGCGACCGCUCAGGCGAGUUCUCCCCAACAGGCGGUGCUUUCUCCCUCCGCCGCUUACUUGUCUCCUCCUCCUCCUCCGAGUACUCUGACGAGGUGGUCAGGGGGCUAAUCUCCGAACUGGAGUCGCCCUCCGUAGAGUCCCAGUGUCGCGCCGCCACGCAGCUCCGCUUCCUGGCCAAGCACAGCCCCGAGAACCGCAUCCGCAUCGCCCGGGCCGGCGCCGUCGCUCCUCUCGUCGCCCUCCUCUCCCAUCCGGACCCGCAGCUCCAGGAGCAGGGGGUCACCGCCGUCCUCAACCUUUCCCUCUGCGACGAGAACAAGGCCACCAUCGCCGCGGCUGGCGCCGUUGGCCACCUCGUGCGCACCCUCUGCUUCGGCACCCCCGCGGCACGUGGGAACGCCGCCUGUGCCCUCCUCCGCCUCGCGCAGCUCGACGACCUACGCGCUGCCAUCGGCGGCUCCGGCGCCAUCCCGGCCCUCGUCGCCCUCCUCGAGACCGGCGGAUCCCGCGGCAAGAAGGACGCGGCCACCGCCCUCUUCACCCUCCUAGCCUCCAAGGAGAACAGCAGCCGGGCAGUGGAGGCUGGGGUGGUGCGCCCGUUGCUGGACCUGAUGGCCGAUCCGGAGUCGGGCAUGGUGGACAAGGCGGCGUACGUGCUCCACCGCGUGCUGGCAUUGCGGGAGGGCCGGGUGGCAGCGGUGGACGAGGGCGGCCUGCCGGUGCUGGUGGAGAUGGUGGAUGUGGGAAGCCAGCGGCAGAAGGAGGUGGCGAUGCUCUCGCUCCUCCAAAUCUGCGAGGAGAGCUCCGCCUACCGCAGGAUGGUCGUCCGCGAGGGCGCAAUCCCGUCGUUCGUCGCCCUCUCCCAGUCCUCCUCCAAGAAGAUCAGGGAGAAGGCGGAGGCAUUGAUUGCGCUACUGCGGCAGCCGACCUCACCCAGCACGAAACGGCCGAUGGCGUUGGCCUAAUUCGAGCCGAUGACACGUGUCGUCCCGAGGUCGUCCUUUGUAACAGCACCACUCUACUUUGUACAGCAACGGAGUGCGAAAGCAAAGAGCACCGUUACAACUCCACCUGGCGGCAUCGCCGCUGUUACGAGAGGUGGAGCGCGGUCGUUCCAGGUGAAGAGAGCCGGAGCAAGCGUCUUCGUCCAGCGGUGUGCUGUCAGUUGCAACUGUUGACCGAGGCAAGCUAUCGAGCGCGGCCAUCGAUAUUGUUUGUGGAACUUCCACCGCCGGCACGAAGUCGCCGACGGCAAACUGGGAUGGUGGGUUGAUGUGCCAUGGCUUCCAAAGGACCUGUGGCUAGUCAAAGGGUUUUUGAGUGUCACGUGAGUGGCGGGGCCAACCUGGGGAGAGGUUGAUGCAGCGACGUAUGUUACCCUUGUCUUUUGUGGCCUGUUACUGCUUAUCAACAGGGGAGAUUGAGCGCUACAAUCCUUUUGGUCCAUUUUGGCGUGGAGAAGAAACGUGGAGAGAUUGCACCGAAUUAAAGUACAAAAAAUAAAAACGAGCAAACCAAUGCGUAUAUUAAUGACAAUUGUACAGAUUAAAUUUAACGCUUGUUAAUUUGUUUGAGUUGGACGAUUCAGAAUCAUUCUAUUUUA